CGUUAGAAAGCGUUGGAACUUAAACACGUGGCGUAUUUCAAUUGCAGCACAUUGUCAAGUGCCUUACUACUUUGCUUGCCGUUUGUCGUUAGAGGCCGUGUCGAAUUCAUAUACGUAGCCCAACGACUAAGUAUUCUUCUGCUAUGUCAGACGACUAACUGUGGCAGAGCUGGGUUAGAGGUGCCAGGAUGGGCAGAUGAGGGGCCGUGCCCAUGAGAACCCACCAGCAGCAAUAAAUCUGUAGCCUUACAAAAAGAGUAGAAGGAUUGCUGGUGCGCCAUGCAUUAUAAGCGCCGUCUAGCGCGACUCAUCGCGCUGUUGCUGUUCGCUCGGCUUGCAGCUAGCUCUGGAAACAGGCUGCAGGCAGUUGCAGCAGCUAAUAAACAACGUUUUCUAUCGGCACCGGCGGCUGAUCAGGGGCGCCUUACAAGGGCUGUAAGGCGACAUGUGCUUGCACAUCGCAGUAGCGAUGGGCAACGUGCGCUGCUUUACUGGGACACCCAAGGCAACCUGACCGUACAUGGCGCUGGGAGACAGCUGACACUCAACACCAGCACCCAUCCUGAUGUGCGGCUGGACCACCUGUUUGUACCACUCAAUCGCAGCUGUCAUCCCGACUGCACCAAGCGUGGGAACUGCAAUGCUGAGGAGGGCCGAUGCGAGUGCCCUUUCGGCUACACAGGCCCCACCUGCUCCGACCCCCUCAUGCCCGCCUGCCAGCUGGGCCCCCUGCUCGAGCCCUUCUUCGGCUUUACCGUCCCGCGCAGCUGCGAGUGUGUACGGCAGGCGCGCACCUUCUUCGGCUGCAGCGAUGGCGGGGACACGUGCACCCUGAGCAGCUUCGGAUUCCGGGACGUCUUCUGCUACCAGUACCCCGACCGGCCCCCCGGCGAGCAGUGGAGCCUCAUGCCCGAGCUGACCACCCCGGGGGUGGAGUACUUCCGGGGGAACGUACGGCAGGCGGUGGCGCUGCGGCCGCUGGCUGCGGUGGAGGGGGUGGCGGGGGAGGACUUGUGGGGCAACCACAUCCUGAGCCUCCCUCUGGAGCGGUGCGGGGAGUCCAAGUGUCACGGCAGGGGGGCCUGCAUCGUGCCAUUGAAGAGCACCUCUGGCACUGCCGUCCAGGAGGCCUCCUCGCAGUCGCCGCACUGCAUGUGCUACAAGGGAUACAAGGGGCACACGUGCGGUGAGAGCAUGGACUACCUGUGUCCGGGCGAGUGCAGGGGGCGGGGCAGGUGCAGUCGCGGCUUCUGCCACUGCGACCCCCCCUACUGGGGUUUGGACUGCAGUCGCGAGCACGCCUGGCAGCUCGCCCCCGGGGUGGCACCCGUACCCAACCGAGUGAGGCUGCGGAUAUACGUCUACGACCUGCCAGCCAAUGUGGCCGCCCAUGUGUCCCUGGAUGACAACAUCCACGACCUGAACGAGGGCUUCUACCAGACCCACCGCAAGUUCCUGGAAAUGCUGCUAAUGGACCCGGACGUGCGGACUGAGAACCCCCAUGAGGCCAACCUCUUCCUGGUGCCCGCCAACGCCUACUCCUACUCCUCCAACACCAACCCGCCCGCCAACCAGAUCGCCUCCGCGCUGACCUACGUGGCGCACAACUACCCCUGGUUCAACGCCAGUGGGGGCCGGGAUCAUGUGGUGUGGACCACAGGCGACCGCGGCUCCUGCUACACUCACAAGAAUCUCUCCCACGUCAUCUUCGUGACGCUGUUCGGGCUGCAUGCGGACCUGCGUGAGGGCGGCAGCACCUUCCUGCACCCGCUGCCCACCCACCCCGGACACGGCUGCUACCACCCCAUGAAGGACGUGCUGGCGGCGCCGCUGUACGACUACUUCAUGGACAACAAGGAUGCUGUCAAGCUGUACAACGGAGUGCGGCUGGCGGGCGGGGAGGACGCCAAGAGGGACCUGCUGUUCUUCUUCGCAGGUUCCGUACGCCCCAAUGAUAAGGUGUACAGCGGCGGAGUACGGCAGUCCCUUUCCGUACACCUCAAGGAGCUGGUGACGGGGCCCCAUGCGGCCAACUACUCGGACGUGCUGUUCAUUGAGGGCUUCACCCCCGACUACGAGUCGCUGCACCGGCGCUCCAAGUUCUGUCUGGCGCCCCACGGAGCUGGUUUCGGAGUGCGGCUCACCACCGCCAUGACACACGCCUGCGUGCCCGUCAUCAUUCAGGACCAGGUGUACCAGCCGUACGAGAGCGAGGGGGUGCUGCCGUACCACGAGUUCUCCCUGCGCCUGGGUCGGGCGGACAUCCCGAACAUUGUGCACAUCCUGCGCAGCGUCACCCCGGAGCGCAUGAAGGCCAUGCGGCUGGCCAUGGCCAACUAUUACAGGGCGUUCCUGUGGGACCCCCGCUCCGGCGGCCUGGCCUACAACUACACGGUGCUGGCACUGGAGCGGCGGCUGCACGGGGUGUGGGGCAGGCUGUGGCCGGGAGGGGAGCAGGGGCAGGGGCAGGGGGGACAUGCAGGGCAGCAGCAGGUGGGGCGGCGGAGGGGGCUGAUGCACCUGUGGCAGCACGGACAGCAGCAGCAGGAUUAGGAGUAGUGGCAAUAGUAGUAGUAGUGGUGGUGUUCGGGUAAGGGUUUAGGGUUUAGGAUACGGAGCUUUUGCAAUGAGGUAGCGACUCGUAGGCUUGGCGGCUGGGGGUUAGCAGUAGCAUAGCUAGCACACUCGGUGGUGCGCCUAGAACGGGGCAGGCUAGCAGUCGGCAGCAGCAGCAGCAGCGAGCGGGUAGUGACAUUUUUCUAAACGUAUGGAAACGAUGGCUGAAGGUGGCUAUUUUGGCGGUUUUGUUGGCAAUUGUGUGGAUCUGCCGUCUGCCGUCUGCGCCACGUAGGAGCGGAGCGGGUAGGAGGAAUAGCGGAUGAUGAGGUUUGACGGUGAGGAGACAGGAAGGUAACGGUCAUUCACGAUGGUAUGUGUUGACACAACUGGCCGCAAACCCAAUACUCGGCUUCAGAGUGGCGACUCAGGUGUGCACCUAGCUGUGUUGCGCGCAGACUGCUGUAGAGCCUGUCGUGUCAGAGUUGGGGCGAGAAGGAGGAGGAGGUGUGAAGUUGCAAUGUGGAGGCCGCCUUGAGGAUGGAAGGCAGGGGAAGGGAAGGAAGAGAGAAGGGAAAGGAGAGGGGGAAGAAGGGGUAGGGGUAUAAGGGAGGGACAGUGUCGGCUGAUGAGACGUUGGGCUCUCUCUCUCCCGUCACCUGAGGGGCUGGCGCAUGGCCGCUUGCCUCUUUGCGUGCGCCCGUAAUAUAGCGGUAUAAUACAACUGGCAAUGCACGAGCUGGUGCCCGGGUACUGCCGUACUACUUGAAAAGGGCGCUCAAGGUGCUCAUUAUUGAUGUGGUGUGGCUGUAGUAGCGUGUAGGGCUCUGCUCGUCACGCAAUGUGACAGCUGACGAUGACCAAACGCGUGUGACCGGAAGCUGCUUUUGCUGCGCAGCUGCGGAGGGGUGUGUCUUGCGGUGGGCUGACAGGACGUGGCUGCUGCGUGUGCGGUGUUCGUGUGCUGCUGGAGGACAGGGGCGGGCGCAAUCCGGUCUUGCUUUUUGAUCCGCUGCAAGCUGCAAGGCAGCACAAAGCUGAGGUGGGGUUUGCAGAGCUGCACCAGCCGCACCAACCGGCACAGCCGCGUUCGCGUGUGCCCUCGUGGUUGGCCCGCCUGCAUCCAGGCAUGUUGCCCAUAACCCAGAAUCAAGCAGUGACCAAAACUCAAGUUAAAUCCAGGACUACCUCUCAGAAUUGUAAACAGG